AUAAUAUUUAAAAUUUUAUUAUUAAGACAAAAAUUAAGUCUCCGAUAUAAAAGACAAUUAAAAAUUUAAACUACUCUGUGUGUAUUAAUUCAGCACGUGUAUAUAACCUAAGACAUUGAAGAAAUAAAUAAAUAUUAGACAAUGUUUGUACGAAGAUAUUUCAGAUCAGUAAAUCCUAGUCCAUUACUCUCUGAGUAUAAUUCCUAUAGAAGUGGAUACAAAGGAAUUAAAUUAUGCCAGGAAAGUAAACUGGUAAAUUACAGUUCCAAUGUACAAAUUAAAGAAUGUUUAUUCCAAAAUUAUAGCAUAGGAACAAUAUAUUCAAAAAGAUAUUACUCAAAGAAAUUUAUUGAAGAACUAUUUCAUGAACAAAACAGUGAAAAUGAAAAAAAAUUUUCAAAAGACCUAUUCAGCAAUCCACGAGCUACACUCAACGAACUCGCAUCUAAGGUCCCAGAGAAAAUAUUUGACAUACAUUUCAAACAAACUAUUGUCGCACCUAAAGGUAUCAAGAAAAAACCCAUACAAAAUGACUGGAUAUGCACAUACACAUUUAUUUGGCCAGAAAAGAUGAAAUUUGAAAGUGCAGCGAUAUCUAAACGACAGGCAGCUGACAAAUCGGCCACACAAGCAUUACAUUGGCUUUAUAAUAAUAAACGUAUAGAUAUCAACGGUAAACCUAUUUACAACGAGAACACGCUCAAGGAAUUACAGAGCACAUUAAAUAAUCCGUUAAAUGCAUCAAUCAGUGAGAAUUCGUUAGAACGUAUCACAAGGAUUUGGGAAGAUUAUGAAAGAGAUAUAAAGCACAUCUAUGAACGGACAUUUGAUGAAGCUAAACAAGCUUUGAAUGUUACGACGAUUCACAAAGAUUCAACUUUAGAUGAGACAGAUUGUUCUGAAGAUGUGUCAGAACAGGAGAACAUAGCGGAUGAACUAACAGAUACAAGAACAAACAUACAUCCAGUUUUCGGGAAACCGGUGAAGCCCACGGCACAAGCGUUAGCGAGACGCGAGCGAACACUGAGACACACAUUCAAAAAUUACGACGAACAGUUAACACCGCUACCUAUAGACGAGUAUUCCAAUGACAUUACAUCAGCGUUGGAUGACAGUCGCGUGUUAGUAAUAAUUGGGGCUGCUGGGUGUGGAAAAUCGACUAGAGCACCUGUCGCAGUCCUAAGACAGCUCUGCGACAAAAUGAACGCAAUCGUGUCGCAGCCGCGACGUGUCGCAGCUAUCGGGCUUGCGCAACGCGUGUCUGACGAGUUAGGCGAAAAGGUCGGUGAAACUGUUGGUUAUCAAGUCCGUUUGCAGUCUGUGCCACCCAGACCUCCCGGCGGCGCCAUCUUGUAUUGCACUUCCGGUGUCUUAUUAAAGAGGUUGCAGAAUAAUCCAGGUCUUGAAGGUUGUACCCACGUGUUCAUAGACGAAGCACACGAGAGAGAUGUUAAUACAGAUAUAACGCUGUUGCUACUGAGACGGGCCUUGGACAUAAAUCGGCACCUGAAGGUGAUCGUCAUGAGCGCCACCCUUGAUACAGGAGUCUUUACUAGAUACUUCGACGACUGUCCGGUCAUCCAGGUCCCCGGGAGAACAUUCCCGGUUGAAAUUUCGCAUUUACCAGAUAUAGAGAAAAGAUUCAAUAUAAGACUACCCUCAAGCUUGGAGAGCUGCAGAAAAGUUGGAAAGCCACAGAUCAAUUGCCAAGAAAUAGUCCAAGUCAUUAAAUCCAUAGACAAUACUUGUCCCGAGGGCGCCAUUCUAGUGUUCCUCCCCGGCUGGGCCGAAAUCAAGCAAACUCAGCAGCUAUUACAGGACCAGUUCAAGGAUUCGCCUCUACACAUGAUAUUGCCGGUACAUUCAAGGCUAUCAACAUCAGAACAAACGAAGAUAUUCUCAAAGUGCCUCGGUAUCCGCAAGAUAGUACUAGCCACUAACAUAGCCGAGACAUCUAUAACCAUACCUGACGUGGUUCACGUCAUAGACAGCGGGAUACACAGGGAGAAUAGACUGCGAGAUACUACUAAUAUCAGUAGCUUGGAAACAGUUUGGGCGUCUAAAGCUAGCUGUACACAGAGAGCGGGGCGAGCGGGGCGUGUUAAACCCGGUCAUUGUUACAAAAUGUAUACCAAAGAAAAGGAAGAAGAAUUCCAAGCUCACACUACUGCGGAGAUAUUGAGAGUCCCCUUAGAACAAACUGUAUUGGAUUGUAAAACCUAUGCCCCAGAUGAUAGAGUCGAAGAUUUCUUAUCUCAACUCCCGGAACCGCCGAGCGAUAAGGCGGUUCGAUUUGCGGUCAAUGACCUCGUGGAUUUGGGUGCGCUCAACCAUAACCAAAAAUUGACUCGCCUGGGCGCAAUACUAUCAAGGGUCAGCAUACACCCGCGUUUGUGUUUCAGCGUUUUAAGCGCUGCGUUUAUUGGCAAUAUAAUAGCGGGCGUGCGGACCGCUCUCGUCACGGAACAAGAGUUCUUCGAAGACUCCGGAGAUAGGAGGAACGUUAUCCGUGAAAUUAAACGAAGUUACAACAAGACGUCGGACUAUUCGGCCUUGUACCAUAUGAUGCAAGAGUAUGAGAUGUCUCACGACAAAGAAGAGUUCUGUACCAAAUACGGUCUGAGAAGGAGCAGUCUGAAUUAUAUUAAAGCAUUAACAAAUCAAUAUCUCCAGCAAAUACUGAGCACGGGUGUCAUAGAGGCCGCUGUCGACGCCUCGGAUCUGAAUCGCUUCUCUGACAUAGACGAGCUUGCAUCCGCCGCGCUGCUCUCGGGCUCAAAUAAGUUGCUAGUGACAAAAAAACAUAUGAAAACAAAGGGAAAGUUAGCGGCUGUGUACGGUCUGUUCACUAGCAAAGGUGAAAGAGCCCACAUAGCGAGUGACAGUGUUAAUCAUGGUAUCAUCAAAAAAAAUACAUCACAACUACUGACAUACUUCGGAGGACAUCACUCUAUAGAGAGACGAGCCCUGGUUGUCUAUAAGAGUACGCUUGUGUCACCCAUCACUGUGAUACUGUUCGCUAUGGGAGAUAUUAAUAAGAUGGAAAUCAACAAUGACGUCACAGAAUUAGCUAUACCAAGACAUAAACUGAAAAUUGAAGUGCCUACAAGCCAAGUGGAGGCCAUCUUGAAAGCGCGGGAAAUGUUGUGGAAAACGUUUCAAUAUUAUAUAGAGAGAGAUCUUAAAACAAGCGACUUCGACGAUUUAACAGAAAUAUCAAGAUUCAAAAUAAGGCUCGUGAAAUCUAUCGGAAGAAUAUUAGUCGAAGCUAACGAUGCUUCGGAUAAAGAUUGUUUAAAUAAAUAGAUAUUAUAUUUA